CGCGGCCCGCGCUGAGCACCAUGAUCGCCGCGGGCGGCGGCUGCUGCCUCGGCACCGGGCUGCUCCUGGCCGCCCUCUGCUCCGCCGCCGCCGCCGAAGUGUGCACCGGCACCGACAUGAAGCUGCUGCGUCCCUCCAGCCCCGAGAGCCACUACGAGACCCUGCGGCACCUCUACCAGGGCUGCCGCGUGGUGCAGGGCAACCUGGAGCUCACCUACCUGGCCCCCGAUGCUGACACCACCUUCCUCAAGGACAUCAAGGAGGUGCAGGGUUACGUGCUCAUCGCCGAGAACCAGGUGAGCCGCCUGGAGCUGCAGAGCCUGCGCAUCAUCCGGGGCACGCAGCUCUUCGAGGAGCGCUACGCCCUGGCCGUGCUGGGCAACGCCGGCCCCGCGGGCGCUCCGGGGCUCCGCCAGCUCGGCAUGAGGCACCUCACAGAGAUCCUGAAGGGUGGGGUGCGCAUCGAGAGGAACCCCCAGCUCUGCUUCCAGGAGACCAUCCUCUGGGCCGACAUCCUGCACCGGCACAACGAGCUCCGUGGCGAGACCCACGUGGAGAGCACCCGCAGCCGCAGCUGUCCUGACUGCCGGGAGCUGUGCACGGAGGGGCACUGCUGGGGCGAUGGGCCGCAGGACUGCCAGACACUGACCAACAGCAUCUGCCACGGGUGCCCCCGCUGCAAGGGCACGAAGCCGACGGACUGCUGCCACGAGCAGUGUGCCGCAGGCUGCACCGGCCCCAAGCACUCCGACUGCCUGGCUUGCCUGAACUUCAACCGGAGCGGGAUCUGCGAGCUGCACUGUCCCCCCCUUGUCAUCUACAACUCGGACACCUUCGAGUCGGUGCCCAACCGCGACGGGCGCUACACCUUCGGCGCCAGCUGCGUGAGCCAGUGCCCCUAUAACUACCUGGCGACGGAGGUGGGCUCCUGCACCCUCGUGUGCCCCCAGAACAGCCAGGAGGUGAGCGUCAACAACGUGCAGAAGUGCGAGAAGUGCAGCAAGCCCUGCCCGGAAGUGUGCUACGGGCUGGGCGUGGAUUUCCUCAAGGGCGUCCGGGCCGUGAACGCCUCCAACAUCCAGCACUUCGCUGGCUGCACCAAGAUCUUCGGCAGCCUGGCCUUCCUGCCCGAGACCUUCGCUGGCGAUCCCAGUACCAACACGGCGCCCUUGGACCCCAAGCUGCUCUGGACCUUCGAGAGCCUGGAGGAGCUGACAGGUUUCCUGUACAUCGCGGCCUGGCCUCCGAGCCUGCCGGACCUGCGCGUCUUCCAAAACCUGCGCAUCAUCCGGGGCCGCGUGCUGCACAAUGGGGCCUACUCGCUGACGCUGCAGGACCUGGCCGUGACGGCGCUGGGGCUCCGCUCCCUGCAGGAGAUCAGCAGCGGGAUGGUGCUCGUCCACCACAACCCCCAGCUCUGCUUCCUCCAGAAGGUUCCCUGGGAUAGCAUCUUCCGCAACCCCCGCCAGCGCCUCUUCCAGACCCACAACAAACCCCCAGAGCAGUGCGAGAGCGAGGGGCUGGUUUGCUUCCAGCUCUGUGCCAACGGGCACUGCUGGGGCCCUGGCCCAACCCAGUGCGUCUCCUGCGAGCGGUUCAUGCGCGGCCAGGAGUGCGUCGCCUCCUGCAACCUCCUGGAUGGAGCUGUCCGGGAACACGCCAAUGGGACGCGGUGCCUCCCCUGCCACCCUGAGUGCCAGCCCCAGAACGGCACCGAGACCUGCUUCGGAUCAGUGAGGACAUGGGCACGGGCUGGGGGCGUCCCCUGUGCAGGGAGGGGCGGCCGUGGCCCCUCUGUGGACGCCAGCGUCCCUCACCGUCCCUCUGCGCAGGAGGCGGACCAGUGCGUGGCCUGCGCCCACUACAAGGACGCCCAGAACUGCGUGCGCAAGUGCCCGAGCGGGGUGAAGGCCGAUGCCUCCUUCGUGCCCAUCUGGAAGUACCCAGACGAAGACGGCGUCUGCCAGUUCUGCCCCACCAACUGCACGCAUUCGUGCACGAUCCGGGAUGAGGAUGGCUGCCCUAUGGACCAGAAGCCAAGCCAGGUGACAUCCAUCAUUGCUGGCGUGGUGGGGGCCCUGCUGGUUGUCGUCCUCCUGCUCAUCACUGUCGUCUGCGUCAAGCGCCGGCGGCAGCAGGAGAGGAAGCACACCAUGCGGCGGCUGCUGCAGGAGACGGAGCUGGUGGAGCCACUGACACCCAGCGGGGCCCUGCCUAACCAGGCCCAGAUGCGGAUCCUCAAAGAGACGGAGCUCAAGAAAGUGAAGGUUUUGGGCUCCGGUGCCUUCGGCACCGUCUACAAGGGCAUCUGGAUCCCUGAUGGGGAGAGCGUGAAGAUCCCCGUGGCCAUCAAGGUGUUGCGGGAGAACACGUCACCCAAAGCCAACAAAGAGAUCCUGGACGAGGCCUAUGUGAUGGCGGGGGUGGGCAGCCCCUACGUGUCCCGGCUGCUGGGCAUCUGCCUCACCUCCACGGUGCAGCUGGUGACGCAGCUGAUGCCCUACGGCUGCCUCCUGGACUACGUGCGGGAGAACAAGGACCGCAUCGGCUCCCAGGACCUGCUCAACUGGUGUGUGCAGAUCGCCAAGGGGAUGAGCUACCUGGAGGAGGUGCGGCUGGUGCACCGGGACCUGGCUGCUCGCAACGUCCUUGUCAAGAGCCCCAACCACGUCAAAAUCACCGACUUUGGGCUGGCCCGGCUGCUCGACAUCGACGAGACCGAGUACCACGCCGACGGCGGCAAGGUCCCCAUCAAGUGGAUGGCGCUGGAGUCCAUCCUCCGCCGGCGGUUCACGCACCAGAGCGACGUCUGGAGCUACGGCGUCACCGUGUGGGAGCUGAUGACGUUUGGGGCGAAGCCGUACGAUGGGAUCCCUGCCCGGGAGAUCCCCGACCUGCUGGAGAAGGGCGAGAGGCUGCCGCAGCCGCCCAUCUGCACCAUCGACGUCUACAUGAUCAUGGUGAAAUGCUGGAUGAUCGACUCCGAGUGCCGGCCCAAGUUUCGCGAGCUGGUCACCGAGUUCUCCCGCAUGGCCCGGGACCCCCAGCGCUUCGUGGUCAUCCAGAACGACAUGAUCGGGCUGCCCAGCUCCAUUGAUAGCACCUUCUACCGAGCCCUGCUCGAGGAGGAGGACAUGGACGACUUGGUGGAUGCUGAGGAGUACCUGGUCCCUCACCAAGGCUUCUUCAGCGCCGAGACCUCCACCACCUACCGCAGCCGCAUCUCCUCUACCCGCAGCACCGCAGAGAGCCCGGCAGACGGAGAGAGCGAGGACUUGGCCGCCUUCCCCUUCCCACCCCAGAGCGCGGCGGAGGGGCCGGAGAGCCCCGCUCCGGAGGCGCUGGAGGGGGAAGCCGCAGCCAAGGCAGCCUUGCAGAGCCCGCCAGCGCGGGAGCCCAGCACGCCGCAGCGAUACAGCGAGGAUCCCACGGGGCUGCCGAGCGACGAGAACGAGGGCCUGGAAAACGAUGGCUUUGCCCCCCUGUCCCCCUGCGCUGCCAUGCCAGAGUACGUGAACCAGGCUGGGGAGCCCCGGUCUCCUCCCCGGCACCCCUGUGCACCACCGUCCCCGCCAGAUAAGCCCAAGGGCCACCAAGGCAAGAACGGGCUCAUCAAGGAACCAAAGCACCCCUUCGGGGGGCCCUUUGGCCACGCCGUGGAGAACCCCGAGUACCUGGCGCCCCCCUGCCUGCCCGGCCCCGGCCCCUUCAGCCAGGCCUUCGACAACCCCUACUACUGGAACCAGGACCCCUCCAAGGCCGGCGGUGCCGAGGCCAGCACCGACGUGACGCCCACAGCCGAGAACCCCGAGUACCUCGGCCUCGCCGACGCCGUCACACGGCCCACGGACGCGGCCGUGUAGGGCCGGGCCACGGCGACCCCCCUUCACUGAGGCAGCUCGGGGAGGGAUGGUGUGCAGCGGCCCACGAACACAGGGCUGGGCUGGGCUGGGCGGCGCCCGCGCCAGCGCGGCGGGGCUGGCAGAGCCCAGGACCUGCGGGACGGAGCGCGGCAGUGCCUGCGGGGCCGAAUGCCCCCCGUGAGCCGGGGGAUGGAGCUCAGGCUGUGAGGGGGAGCAGCACAGGGCGCUCUGCCCUGCAGCCAGGACCAGGGCCAGCCCCGCUCCAGCACAGCCUUCCCUUGCCGCCUGCAAGCGCUGAAAAGCUUCAAGCCCACAGGGCCCAGGACCCUUCACACCUGUGCAGCGCGCGUGUCCCGGAGAAGGACAAGGGAAGCCAGAGGCAGCAACGUCCCAGGACACAGCUGAGCAGCCCUCCGCCGGGGCUCCGGAGCUGCCUCUGCCGACGGGAGCCAGUGCUCACAGCACCAGCAGCCGGGGAGCAGCGACCCAGCAGGAGCUGGCUGGGUACACACACACCUCCUCGCCGCUGUGCUAUUUAUUGCUGUUUUCUACACCUGCUGCUUCCCUCCCCAGCCCCUUUGGGCUCCCUAUCUAGCUAACAGCACACAUCCCCCUGCCCCAGCAGCACCCCAAAGACUUCAUUACUGCUCACAUCUCCAGACCUGUCCCAGUUGGAUCCGUGCCGGGAACCUUGCUCACAUCACCCUCCCCACCCCGGAGCCCGGGCCAGGCCGGGACACACAGACUUGCACUGAGACCAGGGUGACACAGCCGCCAGGCCUCUGCGUUGGCCCAGACACCUGCUGGAUUAUUUUGAAGCCGACUGUAUCACACCUAGGUGUAUAUUUGAUAAUUGUACAUUGUUUUUCUA